GCUUCUUCCUCGUCUACUUCUACGCCGUCACCCCCCCCCUCGUUCGCCGCCCCUCAUCCGCUGCCGACCGCCCCGUCCCGUCCUCCUCCUCCCGACAUGUCGCUUCUGGAGGACCUGGACGCCUUCGCGUCCGCCAGCCAGCCCAACUAUCCUCAGAUGGAUCAUCUGCAGCUCAAGACCCACUCGCGGCAGUUCUGGCACUUCUUCUUCGACGCCGCCUUCAAGGUCUUUGAGUCCUCCUCGGACCUGUCUCUGGUCGACCCGGCGGCGCUCUACAACCCGUUCUCGGUUGGCUCUCUCAUUGGCCUGUCGUCCUACACCAACUCGAUCUUUGUCCAGUGGGACGGCUUCCGAGCAAGCUUCUACGGCUUCCUCGGCUUCUGGAUCGCCUCCAUCCUCACCCAGCGCACCUGGUCCUCGCUCUUCCUCACCACCGUGCUUCUUGGCCUGACCAUGGUCUUUUUCAAAGCCAAUCUCAAGCACCUACGCAUCAAGUUCAAGAAGGAGCUGAACACCAUCUCCAAGCUCGCUGAGAAGACCCGCCCCGAAGCCGAGUCCGCCGGCUGGAUCAAUUCGUUUCUCGAGUGUUUCUGGCAUCAGUACGAGAACGACCUUUCUGCUAUGAUCCAAAAGACCGUCAACGACAUUGUUGUUCCCUUCAAAACCAAGGAGCUGGACGAACUUGCCCUUUCAAAGUUCACUUUGGGCUCCUCGCCUAUCAGGGUCAACUACAUCAAGCUCCACAGCAGCCCCAAGCCAGAUGUCAUGAUCAUGGACAUGGCCGUCGAAAUGCCCACCUAUGAUAUGGAAACCGAGCCUCUAAUGGCCGGCACCAUCAAGAAGCCCUCGCACAUCACCCUGACUGCUCGCUUGGCAAGCGGCCUGCUUGAGACCGUGCAGAUCCCGCCGUAUAUCAAGAAUCUACUCGUUCGAUCCAAGAUCUGGAGUCGUCUCGAGUGGCUCCUCCGCCAGGACAUCAAUGUCCACGUAAAAGACAUCAAGUUUUCUGGUGUGAUGAGAAUCGAAAUCACAUUCUACUCUGUCUUCCCUCAUUUGAAAUUGAUCAACGCUAGCUUCUAUCAUCCUCCCUCUCUGGACUUUUCUAUCAAUCCCAUUACCGAGUCCUUCGACCUGAUGGACAUCCCGGUGCUCCGAUCCCAGAUCCUCGCUAUCGUCGAAGAUAACCUCAAGGCCAUCUUGGUUGCCCCCAACAAGUACCCCGUCGAUCUCUCUGUUGCCACCAUCGAAACCGCUCCGGUUGGUGUUCUCAAGGUUGAGAUCCGUCGCGCUCGCGGUCUGCGAAACUCUGAGGCCCUGAAGAAGAGCGACCCAUACGCGAGCGUCUACCUGGGCGGCAACAAGCAAGUCGCCCAGACCGUCUCUGUCAAGGACAGCCUGGAACCCAAAUGGAACGAGGUCCACUAUGUCGUCAUCGACCGCGAGACCCUCACCAACAUCGCGAACGGCUCCGACCAAAUCGUUUUCAAGGUCAAGGACGCAGACACAACUGUUGGCAAGGACGCUGUUAUGGGUGUCUCCGAUCCUCUGUCGCUCUCCCAAUGGAUCCGUCUUCUGGACGUCAACUCCGAUCCUGUCGCUGCGGACGAAUCCGCCCCCGGUACGGAUGGCGCCGAGAACGGCACGGACGCCUCAGAAAGCUCGGCUCCCGCUGUCGAUGAAGAGCUCGAAAAGCUCCGCUCUCAGUGGGGCGAUCCCAGCGAGCCCAACUUUGUGUGGAAGCAGCUUCACCGCGUCAACAAGAAAGAGACAGCACCCACCCGCGAACGAGGAGGCAACAGCGAGAUCCAACUUGGCCUCAGCUACUUCAAGGCCCUGCCGAACGAGGCCACGAUCGACCCCGAUGCCCUGCUCGGCUCGACAAAGUCCGGCAUCUUGCAAGUGCACGUGCACAAGCUCGACGGCUUCCACGAGCUCAAAAACUCGUACAGCGUCGCCAUCAAGACCGACAAGGGUCGCUCGUUGUUCCAGACAAAGUUUGUCCACGGAACUCACCCCGUCAUCGAAGAGUCGUACACCAUGUAUGUGCCGGACCACACCAAGCUGCACAACCGUAUCGAGGUCUACUCCAAGAACGGCCGCAAACCCAUUGCCUACCUUCCGCUGGACGAGGACCUCCUUCGCUCGGGCUUGAACAAGACGCACGAGUUUUACGCUCUGUCUGGCUCGGAGGCCGGUAACGUUGCCCUGACUCUGCGCUUCUUCGCCGUCCCUGUGCGCGAGAGUGCCCUGCAAAAGUCCAGAGUGCCCAUUGCUGCACUCUCUUUCGACAUCAAGAAGGCCAACGAUCUCAAGUCGGUUGAUGGACCGUUCCAAAAGUCCGAUCCGUACGUGAUUGUCGAGAUGGCCAACGUCGAGAUUGGCCGGACCACCGUCAGAGAAAAGACGCUCAACCCCAUCUGGAACGAGUCCUUCAAGACCGUUGUCUUCCAUCCGUCUGCCAAGCUCACCAUGGUGAUUUGUGACUGGAACAAGAGCGGUGUCGUCAAGCCUCUCGGUCGCAUCGACUUGCCGCUGACCAAGCUUUUUGAAAUCGAGACAGAGUCGGGCGCAACUGGAACAAGGGCCGAAGACCCGUACUACACCCGCGCGCUGGCAGAUGGCCUGACCAUUGCCAAGAACGACCAGAACGGCGUUACUGUCACGGCGCCUAUUUACCUGACCGGAAAGAAAAAGUCGGAGCUUCAGGGCACCAUCGAGUUCGAUGCCAAGCUUCAGAACAUCCUUGGCGAUUGCACGAUCGGCUACAGCAGCAUUGUCGUGGUGCCCCGUGCCAUCCAGAGCCAGGGCAGCAACGAAUCCCUCAAAGAGCCAGCCGCCGCCGCCGCGGCUGUUGCCGGUGGCGCUGCCGAUAAGAGCCAGUCGCUGCGCCUAUCGCCAUCCGAUGCAAACAUCACCUUGGGCCACCAGUCGCUUGACAGAGGCAGCAAGAUCUCGACCGAGUCCUUGAACCCGGGACAGCUGGCAACCAUAAAGUCUCAACAGAGCAUACUGAGUUCACAGGGCGGCACGCUGCUCACAGAGGGCAUGCGUGAUGACAUUCUGAACAGCUUCCGUCAACGAGUCGCCCGAUGUUUCCCAGGAAAACACCUAUGUCCGCGUCAGCCGGAACCAGGAUGUCAUUUUAACCACCUCCACGCAGUCCGACGCUCCUGCGAUCUGGGACGAGGAGAGCUACUGGGUUACUUCGGAUAUCCAUUCUGCCUCCAUCAAGUUCCAGCUGUUCCAGCAGCGGGGUGAGGAUGCCGACCCGUCCAGCGACCCGCUCGUCGGUGCCUGGGAAGGCCCGGUCAGCAGCUUCAUCGGCAUCGGCCAGCAUGUCAUUCAGCUCGAGCGAUCCAUUACCCUUGGAGCUGGUAGUCCCGGCGAAGCUGUCCUGAAGGAUCACAGAAGCCUCU